UUUGUUCAGACUCAGACCACUACGACUCAACUAUGGUUGCUGCACCACAGCUCGGCUUUUGUGGAACCGAGUCGCUUCGCUGCACCUUUCCGGUCCACCAUCCACUGCCUAACGGUACCCGAAGUCGGCUUCGUAGACGGAACCACCGAGUUUUCGCGGUCGCCACUGGACCCAAACCAUCCCCACGUUCGUCCGUCAAUGGAUCCUCGCCGCCACAGAAAUCAGUCAACGGAUCUUCGUCGAGAAUUGGAGAUGUUUCACAGGAAAUUAAAAGAGUGAGGGCACAGAUGGAAGAAAAUGAACAGUUGGCAAUACUGAUGAAAGGUCUUCGGGGACAGAAUCUAAAGGAUUCGCAGUUUGCUGCUGAUAAUGUUCAGCUACGCCUCGUUGAGGUAGAUGAAAGCAGUGAGUUUUUGCCUUUAGUCUAUGAUCCUGCCAGCAUUUCAGCAUAUUGGGGAAAACGGCCACGUGCUGUUGCAACACGUAUUGUUCAAUUACUGUCUGUUACCGGGGGUUUUCUUUCACGCCUUGCUUUGGAUGUGAUAAACAAGAAGGUCAAAGAGAAUGAAGUUGCUAGAGCAAUUGAGAUAAGGGAAAUUGUUACCUCUUUGGGUCCGGCAUAUAUAAAACUUGGUCAAGCUUUGAGUAUUCGCCCGGAUAUACUGUCACCUGUUGCAAUGAUUGAGCUGCAAAAGCUUUGCGAUAAGGUUCCUUCAUUUCCAGAUGAUGUAGCUAUGGCUCUUAUUGAGGAGGAACUUGGUCAGCCAUGGAAUAACAUCUAUUCUGAACUAUCAUCUUCCCCGAUUGCUGCUGCAUCUCUUGGACAGGUGUACAAGGGCCGUUUGAAAGAAAAUGGGGAUUUGGUUGCUGUUAAAGUGCAGAGGCCUUUUGUUCUUGAGACGGUUACAGUUGAUUUGUUCAUCAUACGCAAUUUAGGUUUGGUACUAAGAAGGUUUCCUCAGAUCUCCACGGAUGUAGUCGGAUUGGUUGAUGAAUGGGCUGCUCGAUUUUUUGAGGAGCUUGAUUAUGUUAAUGAAGGGAAAAACGGAACAAUCUUUGCUGAAAUGAUGAAGAAAGACCUUCCUCAGGUUGUUGUACCAAAAACCUAUGAUAAAUAUACAUCAAGAAAGGUUCUUACUACAGCAUGGAUAGAUGGAGAGAAGCUGUCACAAAGUACAGAAAGUGACGUAGGAGAACUUGUUAAUGUUGGAGUCAUAUGCUACCUGAAGCAGUUGCUUGAUACUGGGUUUUUCCAUGCUGAUCCUCAUCCUGGGAAUUUAAUCCGUACUCCAGAUGGAAAGCUAGCUAUACUUGAUUUUGGCCUAGUUACAAAACUAACCGAUGAUCAAAAAUAUGGAAUGAUUGAAGCAAUUGCUCACCUCAUUCAUCGGGAUUAUGGAGCUAUAGUCAAAGACUUUGUUAAACUUGAUUUCAUUCCAGAGGGAGUUAAUUUGGAACCUAUCUUACCUGUUUUGGCCAAGGUUUUUGAUCAGGCACUUGAAGGGGGAGGGGCCAAGAAUAUCAAUUUCCAGGAGCUGGCAUCAGAUUUAGCACAAAUAACAUUUGAUUAUCCGUUUAGAAUACCCCCUUAUUUUGCUCUUAUAAUCAGGGCAAUUGGGGUACUAGAAGGCAUAGCUUUGGUGGGAAACCCUGAUUUUGCCAUUGUGGAUGAGGCCUAUCCAUAUAUUGCACAGAGGCUCUUGACUGAUGAAUCCCCCCGGUUAAAGAAUGCUUUACGUUACACAAUAUAUGGGAAAUCUGGAGUUUUUGAUGCUGAAAGAUUCAUUGACGUCAUGCAAGCAUUUGAGAAUUUCAUAACUGCAGCAAAAAGUGGAGGAGGGGAGACCCUCAGGGGCAUGGCUGAACUUGGCCUCCUGCAAAGUCAAACAGGGUAUACAAUUCCUAGAAUUUCGACUAAUGUAUCUCAACAAAAGCAGCCAAUUCAAACAAGGGCAGCCUUAGCAUUUCUGCUGUCUGAUAAAGGGAACUUUUUCCGAGAAUUUCUUCUGGAUGAGAUUGUAAAGGGCAUUGACGUGGUUACAAGGGAUCAGUUGGUACAGAUAAUGUCAUUUCUAGGAGUCCGAAAUGCUGCCCCAGUUUUUAGUAUGGUUCCUACUUUUGGACCCUUUAAGCCAGCAGCACUUCUACCCUCCAUAAGUGAAGAAGACAAAGUUAUAUUGAAUAAUGUCCAAAAGAUCGUCGAGUUCUUGACUGCAGGAAGUUCAAUAUCAAGAUCAUCAAAUCAGGGCGUGGUUGUUUCACAGGUCAUCCAAGAGCUUCUUCCAGCAUUGCCGGGCAUAUCUGCCACAGUGCUACCUGAGGUGCUCAACCGACUAUCUUCCCGGGUGCUAGCACGCAUUAUCCGGGAUACAUUUUUGUAAAGAUUAUAUCUAUAUAAUUUAGCUGUUUAGAGCCAAUACGGUUUUCAUAUUUUGAUAAAGUUACAGGCAAAUGAACUAAUCAUUAUACAAAUGCACAUCUUGUGUGCAUUACUCGGUACGGUUCAAACACCAAGACCCGAAAUUUUCUUCCUGUAUAUAAAUUCCACUGCAUGUCAAAUGUAUCGAUGCAGCGACCUGUCGGAAACUGAUUGGUGUAAUUUCUAUUUGCAAGGGAGAAUGUUUCAUAUCCUAGUAAACACUCACUUUUCUCUU